AGAGCAAAAUUGCUAAAAUUGUUAUUCCUUUUUUGUAAGGGGAGAUAUUGGACUGUGUCUCUACCACCAGUUGUUGCACGUAGAUUCAUGUGCGUAUUUUUGUGCAAGAAGAAGAAGAAAAGGGGUAGGUGGGCUCACCAACAAUGCCAUACUGAUAAGGCUCGCUUCUCUCUAUCUCUCUCUCUCUUUAGGCACUGUUGUUCUCUAUUAGACAAGUACUAGUUUGUUUGUUAGCGGUCUCUCUGGAGAAGAGACGCUCAUAAAUUAGAGCAUUCCUCGACCAAAGCAAGCUACACCAAAUUCAGUUUAUUUUUCCACCACCAUGGAGCUUAAUGCCACCACCAUGCAGCACCCUCAAACCUGCCUAGAAAUAACCAUGGAGGUUCAUCAAGUUGUCCAACCACCCCAUAAGAGCACCAUUCACAAGCUUAAAUCAAGGCUCAAGGAAACUUUCUUCCCUGAUGACCCUUUGCGCCAAUUCAAAGGACAGCCAACGAGGAAGAAAUGGAUUCUUGCAGCUCAAUACAUAUUCCCUAUUCUCCAAUGGGGUCCGAAUUAUAGCUUCAAACUCUUCAAAUCGGAUAUUGUAGCCGGACUUACCAUUGCUAGCUUAGCCAUCCCACAGGGUAUCAGUUAUGCUAAGCUUGCUGGUCUACAACCAAUUGUUGGUCUCUAUUCCAGCUUUGUGCCUCCUCUUGUAUAUGCUGUACUUGGAAGCUCCAGGGACCUUGCAGUAGGGCCUGUUUCCAUUGCUUCACUUAUACUUGGAUCCAUGCUUAGACAAGAAGUAUCCCCUGCCAAUGAUCCUGUCUUGUUUCUGCAAUUAGCCUUUACUACAACUUUCUUUGCUGGUUUUUUCCAAGCUUCUUUGGGAUUUUUAAGGCUUGGAUUUAUCAUUGAUUUUCUCUCAAAGGCUACUCUUAUCGGGUUCAUGGCUGGGGCUGCUAUCAUUGUUUCUUUGCAGCAGCUGAAAAGCCUUCUUGGAAUCACUCAUUUUACUAAACAAAUGGGUUUGGUACCUGUUUUGAGCUCCGUUUUCCACAAUACAAAGGAGUGGUCAUGGCAAACGAUACUGAUGGGGUUCUGCUUUCUAGUGUUCCUGCUAGUGGCAAGACAUAUUAGCAUGAGAAGACCAAAUUUGUUUUGGAUCUCAGCUGGGGCUCCUCUUGUUUCUGUGAUCCUCUCUACACUAGUGGUUUUUGCAUUCAAAGCUCAGCAUCAUGGCAUCAGUAUAAUUGGAAAAUUGCAACAAGGAUUAAAUCCUCCUUCAUGGAAUAUGCUGCAAUUUCGUGGGAGCCACCUUGGACUGUCAAUUAAAACUGGCCUUGUUACUGGAAUUAUUUCCCUCACUUACGUAGGCACAGCUUUUUAAACCAAUUGGCAGAUCGAAGACAAACCAUUUAAAGCUUGAUGUGCAGUAGAAACAUGCAUACGAUUAUUAAAUGGCCGGUUGGCCACGACAAAUUUAUUUUGAAGUCGGAGCCGAAGAAAAUUUCACAGACCACGAUUCAUCGUUAUGGUAAUAUAAACUGAUGAGCCAAUAGCGGGCUUGUCAGACUAUUGAACGAGUUCACAAAGGAGGUAAAGUUAAGAGGACUGACUUUUUCGAGUGAAAUGAACACCCCUUGGCGGCGUGGCAACUUUCACAGUCAAGUAAAAGAUAAGAUACUGGUUCAACCUGCAGAUGAUGAAAAUUUAGUGAAGGAAAAGCUAAAGGGGGUAGAAUAAGAGCAUGGACUUCUUAGCCAAAAAUGCACCAGUUUAUAUUAUGAAAACAGAUUAAAGAUCGUUCCAAAACCUCUAAUCAAAAUGGUAUGACUUUUUUUUUUUUUUUGCAU